AUGCCCCACCCCAUCCCCAGACUCCUGGGCAUCGACCUGCCUGACCUACGCCCCACCACGACCGCUCCGAUGAGCCAACUCCUCCAAGACCGGGCGGCCAACAUCGCCGUGGUGGGCGCUCAGGGGACUGGCAAGUCCAAGCUAAUCUCCACCCUGACCGGGCGCUACGCCCCCAGCGGCCCAGGGAUGUGCGCCGUCACCCAGGGCUGGGAGAGCUACAGAGCGCCAGGUGCCCAGGGCGUGGCGUGGUGGGACUCCAGCGGUCUGGAGUCCUGGAGUCACUGGGAGGCGGGCAGGCUCAUACGCUCCAUAGCAAAGCUCGAGCGCGCCGGGACCACAUUCGACCUCGUCGUGGUCGUGCUUCGCGCUUCCGAGAGGCCCAACAAGCCAGCUCUGUUCGAGUUUCUGGAGCGCUUGCGGAAGGCCAGGAAGCGCUUCGUGGUGGUGACGACGGCGAUGGGCUCCGUGGAGGAGAAGGACUGGGACACGAUCAAGGCGGAGAAGCGCCGCCUGAUGCAGGCCUUCGGCCGGCCCACCGAGCUCAACGCCCACGGUGAUGUUGACCGGGCCGUAGUUGGUGGGCAGGGUGAGGUGGUGCUUGCCGGUGCCCCGCAGGGCCACCAUGUCGAACCGGCCCUUCUUCUUCUUCGUCGUCGACUCCUGGGCACCCGCGAGGCAGCGCUCGGCGUAGGCCGUCUUGCCCACUCCGACAUCGCCCAGCACCAGAAUCGUCUGCCCACCACCAUACGCGGUCAGCACCCACCGCCCGCCCACCCGUCUCAGUCGUCUGGUUCAGGCAGGGCGCACCUUGCCGUUGAGCACGGCCUGGACGGGCAGGGCCUGGGCGACGAGGCCGCGGUAGAGGGCCAGCCACGACGUUGGCGUUGA